AUCUUUUGCCACAUUUCGCUCAGGCGCUAACGCACCAGAGUAUGGCUUCUCUCCCGGCCAUCUUCAUCCUCAUGCUCCUGGUUCGUUCCUGCAACUCCGAUGACCGCCUAAGACCCACUAAGCCACUCUCGCCCGGCGACGAGCUCAUCUCCAGCAAUGGCCUCUUCGCCCUUGGCUUCUUCUCCCUGCAAGGCUCCGCCGCCAACACAUAUUUAGGCAUAUGGUACCACAACAUCUCUGAGCGAACAUAUGUGUGGGUGGCCAACCGCGACAGCCCGAUCAAGAGCAGUUUGCCCGGGAAGCUGGUCGUGAGCAACACCUCUGACCUCGUCUUGUCCGACUCCGACGGCCGUGUCCUCUGGGCGACGAAGACGAACAACGUCACCACCACCGGAUCAGGAUCAGGUGGCGGAGCCACCGGUGCAGGGGCGGUGCUGCUCGACACCGGAAACUUUGUUCUCCGGUCGCGGAACGGCACGGAGAUAUGGCAGAGCUACGAUGAGCCGACCGACACCUUUCUCCCGGGAUUCAAGCUGUGGGUGAACUACAAGACCCACGUAGCAGCGCGCAUCGUGGCGUGGAAGGGCCCCGACGACCCGUCCACGGGCGAGUUCGUCUUGAGCGGCGACACCAGCACGGGCCUUCAGAUCCUGACGUGGCGAGGGUCGACUCUCUACUGGCGCGCCGGGGUGUGGAACGGCGCCACGGCCGCCAGCUUCACCAAAUCCUUCUUGUCCCAGAUGAUCGACGACGGAGAGGUGGCCUACUUCACUUACAACAGAGCCGACGACUCGGCCCCGGCGAGGUCGCACUGGAAGCUCGACCACACGGGCGAGGUGAUGUUCAGGGUGUGGGUCGAGGGGUCGUCAUCGUCGUGGGUGCCCCUGUUCGAGCGGCCGGGCAAGGGGUGCCUCGUCUACGGCGCGUGCGGGCCGUUCGGCUACUGCGACGUCAAAGGGGACGUCCGGGAGUGCAGGUGCCUCGACGGGUUUGAGCCGGCGGACGGCGGCGGCGGCUCCUCGAAAGCAGGGUGCGUGAGGAAGGAGGCGGUGAGAUGCGGCGGCAACAACUACUUCCUGACCUUGCCGGCGAUGAAGCUGCCCGACAAGUUCGUCUACUUGACCAACAGGAGCUUCGAGGAGUGCGCUGCGGGCUGCGACCGCAACUGCUCCUGCACGGGGUAUGCUUACACCAACGCGAGCGACAUCCUCCUGGCAUCCAAGUGCUUCCAUUGGACAGGAGACCUUGUCGACAUGGUGAAAGCUGACUAUACAAGUGACCACCUGUAUCUUCGGUUGGCCGGCAACGGGGACAAUUAUGCAAGAACCAACAACAAGAUCAACGGUGUCCAUGUGGUAUUUAAGAUUGUACUCCCACUUAUAGCAUUCUUGCUGAUACUCACAUGCAUAUAUAUUUUCUGUAUAUGCAAACCCAGAGGCAUACAUCAAAACAAUGGAGCCCUGCAGGUACACCUGAGACCUUCACAAGAAGUCUGGGAUCAAAGUUUAGAAUUUUCGCGGAUAACGUUCGAAGACAUUGCUGCUGCAACGAAUAGUUUCCAUGAAACCAACAUGCUUGGAAGAGGAGGUUUUGGGAAAGUGUAUAAGGGAAUACUGCAAGAUGGCAAGGAAGUUGCUAUUAAAAGGCUUAGCAAGGGAUCUGAGCAGGGAAUAGAGCAUUUCAGAAAUGAAGUUGUUCUUAUUGCCAAACUGCAGCACAAGAAUCUUGUUAGACUCCUUGGAUAUUGUAUUCAUGAGGAUGAGAAGUUGCUUAUAUACGAAUACCUACCCAACAAAAGUCUAGACAAAUUCCUUUUUGAUAAUGCAAGAAAAUCUACACUCAAUUGGCCAAGAAGAUUUAGCAUAAUCAAAGGGGUAGCUAGAGGAUUACUAUAUCUACACCAAGAUUCGAGAAUGACGAUAAUUCAUCGAGACCUCAAGCCGAGCAACAUCCUGCUAGACUCGGAGAUGAACGCAAAGAUAGCAGAUUUUGGAAUGGCAAGGAUCUUUGGAGGCAAUGAGCAACACGAGCGUACCAAACAUGUAGUUGGGACAUAUGGUUACAUGUCACCUGAAUAUGCGAUGGAGGGAAUCUUUUCAUUGAAGUCUGACACCUACAGCUUUGGUAUUUUCCUGCUGGAGAUUGUAAGUGGAUUAAAGAUCAGCUCACCUCAUCAUCUUGUAAUGGAUUUCCGGAAUCUCAUAGCAUAUGCAUGGAACCUAUGGAAAGAUGGAAAAUCAAUGGAUUUCAUGGAUGCAACACUCAUGGAGAGCUACUCCCCUGAUGAAGUGUCAAAGUGUAUCCACAUUGGAUUGAUGUGUGUGCAAGAUAGCCCCAAUGCUAGGCCACACAUGUCAUCGGUUGUGUCCAUGUUGGAUAACGAAGCCAUGCCUCGCGCAGUGCCGAAGCAACCUAUGUAUUUUGCACAGAGAACAGUUGAAGGCUUGGAAAUGUCUACCAAUGGUGCUAGCCUGACAACGCUAGAUGGUCGCUGACUGACUGGCCUAAGGUUCUGGUAGGAUAGUUGAGUAUCGAUAUAUUUUUCUACCAAUUGAAAAAUAGAAAUGUAACGAUUUAUACAUACUCCCUAUAUGCUUGUGA